AUGUCACUGGAAAGCGAAGUGGCCACGCUUAACACGCCAAGAAUGUCACUGGAAAGAGAGGUGACCACGCAUAACACACAAGAGAUGUCACUGGAAAUAGAAGCGGUUGCGCUUAACACGCAAAGAAUGUCAUUGGAAAAAGAAUUAACUACGCUCAAAACACAAAAAGCGUCACUCGAGAGAGAAAUGAACACGCUUCUUCAGAAGCUCGAGAACAGUGAAAACACCAAUGUUAUGCUUCGCGAAAAACUUGAUCGUGUACAAUCUGACAACAAAACAUUAACUGACGAAAACACAUUAAUCCGGAAAAAAAUAACAACAUUACAACAAGAAAUUACAAAUCAACAUAACGCGAUUUCACGAAUUGAGUUGGAGCUUUAUCAACAAGGACAGGAAGUUGAUCGUUUGAAGAAGGAAAAUGUUGGAUUUUUGAAAAAUACUCGGGAAGUUGAACGAAAAUUACGUGAAGAGACACUAACAUUUGAAAAAGAACGUCAAACAUGGCAAGAACGGGAAGGAGAACUAAACAGUCGAAUCAAAGCACUUCAAGAUACAAAUAGUCUCCUUGCACAACAAGGUAGAGACAGCAUAAACAGUUCCUCCUCCUCUGAUUCUUUAUCAAAAAAACAUAGUCAUCAAUCGAGUUCCAAUGGUAUGAUGCCAACUUCGUCUACAUCUGGUUUUUUGAAUUCUAUGUUCUCUCCUUCCUACCAUGCAUUCUCAUCACUAUCUGCGAGACUUUCGAACAGGCAUAGUACCGACGGGACAAUCACCCGUGAAAAUAGUCCUCCAUCGCCCACGACAAAUUUACAUAAUGCUACCCGUGAAAUAAAGAUCGCUAAAAGUACUAUUAAAGAACAGGAUCGAUUUAUAAAUCGAUUGAAAAAUGAAAUAGAACAAACAAAAACAGCCACCACUGAUCAAAUAAAUAUUAACAAGAGCCAGGCUCUCCGUAUCGCUCUUUUGGAGACUGAGUUAGAACAAGUGAAACGAGUGAAACGGUCAUUGGAAGAUGUGAAUGAAGGGUUUCAAUUGUUGCUACAUGAGAAAACAAUGAAAGGAGACUUUAUGCUAAAUCCAAUCAUGCAGCAUCACGAAGCAAAUAAUUCACGUCAGAAAUUAAUUGAUAGUCUCAAAGAAUCACCCACAAACGACGACAACAACACCAAUAGAACUGGUGCGUCAAUAAAACGCGAGAAAAAGUCACGUCCAAAAUCACUUGUCACAGAUUUGGCUGCUGAACUUGAGCGUGCGUCGGCCGGAAACAUCAAUAAUACACCACUUGGUGAACGAGUGGAGAAAGAAAGCGAUCAAAUAGUUGAUGCUGAGAGGGUUGAGAUUGAACGUCGAAAAACUUUAUCAGGGCCUUUUCGAUUACCAAGCAACAUCAAAAUUCCCAGAUCACCAACAAUCCAAAACAUUGAAGAAAAAGCAGAUCAACUCUCGCCACUUCCCACACCUUCUCCUGUACAUUCACGAACCACAAGCCUCAGCGAGGACGUCUCUUCAACGAAACUUAAUUCAGUGUCUGCCACCGAGCAACAGCAGCCGAUACGACGAACACAACGACGAAAUUCUUCGUCUGAUGGUGCUCCACGUAAACGAUGGAGUUUAUGGUGGAACAAUAAUAACAAUAAUGGAAAACAGCAAACGGAGAUAAAGAAGGAAGAUCCAUAUAUGAGACCAAUGAUUCUUGUUCAGGAGACAGAAAAAGCCAAAGAAUGA